AUGGUCACUGUCAACCCCAACUCCAAUUCUAAUCCCCAGCCAGAGAAACCUCAGGACGAGGGUAUGACGGUCGAGCCUGGGCCAAAGGACGCGCCAGCACCAAAGCGCCCAUUAGAUAUCGUCUUUCUCCAAGAUGCCACAGGAAGUCAAGGCCCAUACAUCCAAUCUGCAGUGAAGGCAAUCCACUCCAUAUGCCAAAAAAUCUCUCAAUCCCCCGCGCUUGGGGGCGGCGAUUCCGGAUCUGCUCCCACAGAAUCCAUCCGCUUUGGUCUGAUUGCGUUCCGCGACCAUCCACCCCAGGAUCGCAGCUAUGUCACCAAGAACUUUGGGUUCACGAGCAACGUCGACGAGGUGAAGAAACAUCUCAGCGGUCUCAUCGCCUCUGGAGGUGGGGAUGGGCCCGAGGCGUCCACUGCUGCGCUAGCAGAAGCGUUGAAUAUGGAAUGGAAGGAGAACGCCGUCAAGAUCGUAGUGUUGAUCACGGAUGCACCUCCGCACGGGCUCGGGGAGGUUGGAGAUGGGUUUCCCAAUGGAUCCCCUGACCAGAACGACCCACUCUCCAUUGCAAGGCAGAUGGCCGAACACGGAAUUUCACUGUACAUCAUCGCCUGCGAGCCAUCGUUGAGCAAAUACAAACACGCUGUGGACUUCUACCGGGCGCUCACCCAAAUCACCAGUGGCCGCAUGGUCCCACUCGUUCACGCCGAGCAGUUGGGCGACUACAUCGUUGGCUCUGCUAUCGAAACCCUCGAAACGGAACACCUAAUCGGCCAAUUCGAAAAGGUUAUUCUCGAAGACGUGUACGGACAGGGCAAGUCCGUCGAAGAAGUCAUGGAAAGCGUCCAGAACGAGCUGAACAAGAGGAAUGUGCAGCUGAACACGUUGAGUGUGGAGGAUAUCUAUAAGCCAUCGGAAGUGGCAGAAAAGAACGUCAGCACCUGGGCGCAGGCAUUCUCCUUGAGUACCGCAAGGGAGAACGUGCAAGAGGUCAGCGGUUCCAGAGUGCGCGAAUCCUACAUUCCCGGUCGGGCCGUUCCCGGUCGGUCGGCAGCCCCAGCUCAAAGGCAGCAAGUACAAAUGCAACAGCAGCAGGUCGACAAAGGCCAGGCCAAACGAAUGGUGAUGCAAAGCUUGAUGAGAAACGCAGAAGUGGGAGCUGGAGGUAUCCUCAAACCCAGAGGAGCGUACGCACACAAGGGGCCUACCUCUUUCAACAUCUGA